AUGAGACCAAACACAAAACACCAACAGACAGACCACACACCAAACACCACAGACAGAUCAAACACCAACAGACAUAUCACAUAUCAAACACCAACAGACAGAUCAAAAACCAAAACCCCAAUAGACAGACCAAACACUAAAAGACAGACCUUACACAAAACACCAACAGACAGACCACCCACCAAAACAACACACACAGACCAUAAACCAAAAAACACAGACAGACCACACACCAAACACCAACAGACGGACCAAACACCAACAGAUAGUCCAAACACCAAACACCAACAGACAUACCACACCCAACAGACAGACCACACGCCAAGCACCACAUAUAUACCACAAACCAAAACACCACAUACAGACCUCAUAACAAUAACAAACACCUCAGGCAAACCACACUCCAAACACCACAAACAGACCACACACCAAACACCACGGACAUACCACACACCCAUUGCUACAGACAAACCAAACACAUAA